AUGCUGCUGCUGUUCUUCCUCCGCCGCCUGCUGAGCCUGUUCCCCCUAGCGUUGGUCAACCCCCUCUUCCCUACCAUGAUCUUUGAUCGCUCUUCUGGUCUCCCGUCCUCCAGGUUGCAUUCUGUUACAUUCAUACUGACUCGGAGUCUCUUACAGCUGCCAUGGACUCUCUUCGAACGAAAUGUCCUCCAUGCUUACCGUCGCGAGCAUCGUCUGAACACCCCGACCUCGUUCUCCAGCCCAUACUGCCAAUGGAUUCUGUCGCAGCCAAAUAGCGUUGGCUUGCACUCUCCGACCAUGGUCCGACGUCGGCAAGCCCGGCGACAAAGCAAAGACCAGCUUGCGCUCUCUGUGCGCAAACAUUUCAAUGGAAUGGGCGUACAGGAGAACGAUGUGAUCGUCGACUUUAUUUACAAGAUCCGUCACGACCCCAAUCGCAUCUCUAAACCAUACGCAGGCGGCAAGAAUACGACUUUCAUGAAAUAA